UAAAAUAGCACAGGCUUAGUUUAAAAUUACAACCUUUUUUGGUGAUUUUAGGUUUUAAAAAUGAAAUAUUUUUGGUCUGUGAUGUGAAAAACGUUUGGACUUCCCUGGAAGAGACGGUGGCUGGACGGACAUUUCCAUCUCAAACAGGGAGAGCGUUCAGCUUCUUCAUAUAAGGUCAGAGGAGUUUUAUCUGUGUGGAUGUUGAGUUUGCAUUUCAAAUGUGUUAUCUGGUGUCACCGCCUUUUCUUCAGGUGUGUACACUCCUCAUCAUACGAAGCUUUGACCGUACGGCUGACACAGGACAGAGCACUGGGAGCACUGGGAUCUUUCAGAGAAGAUCAGCAUCAUUGUUCUGUCUGCUGAAAGUGAAGAUGCUGCUGCAGUCAGAGAAGGAUCUGACCUGCACUCUGUGCUGCGACAUCUUCAGCGAUCCGGUGAAGCUGGAGUGCAGCCACAGCUUCUGCAGCGGCUGCCUGCAGACGGACUGGGCCCAGAAGAGAACCAGGCUGUGUCCGCUCUGCAGGGAGACGUCGCUGCUGAGGGAUCCGCCAGCCGACCUGGUGAUGAAGAACCUUUGUUUCGCCUUCUUUCUGGGCAGAGGUCAGAGAGGUCCGGCCGGGUCGGAGGCCCUCUGCAGUCUGCACUCUGAGCAGCUCAAGCUGUUCUGUCUGGACCACGAGAAACCGGUUUGUCUCGUCUGCAGAGACUCGAAGGCACACAGCGGCCACAGCUUCAGACCGGUCCAGGAAGCCAUUCAGGACCGCCGAGACGAGCUGCAGAACCAGCUGGAGCCCCUGAAGGAAAAACUGACCCGGUUCAGAGAGGUUCAGGGAAAAUGUGAUGAAACUGCAGAACACAUAAAGAUCCAGGCUGACAGAAUAGAGAAGCAGAUUAAAGAGCAGAUUAAGGAGCUUCACCAGUUCCUGCAGGAGGAAGAGGAGGAGAGGGUCAGAGCUGUGAGGGAGGAAGAGGAGCAGAAGAGGCAGGCGAUGAAGGAGAACAUGGAGGCUCUGAGGAAGAACAUGGAGGAUCUUUCACAAACCGUCACAACAGCAGAAGAAGAGUUCAGAUGUUCUGAGGAUGUGCUGCUGCUGCUGCAGAACUACAAGGCUGCAAAGGGAAGAGUUCAACAGUGCCCCCUGCUGGACGAGCCGCAGCCUCUCCCAGGAGCACUGGUGGAUGAGGCCAAACAUCUGGGCAACCUGAGCUACAAGAUCUGGACCAAGAUGAAGCGCAUGGUCUCCUUCUCUCCGGUGGUUCUGGACCCAAACACGGCCGAACCGCACCUGAGCGUGUCUGCGGAUCUGACGGCGGUGACUUUUGGGCCGAGACGGGAGCUUCCUGGCAACCCAGAGAGGUUUGAGCAGCGCCACUGCGUCAUCGGCCACCAGGGCUUCAACUCUGGGACGCACAGCUGGGAUGUGGAGGUCAGAACCGAGGAGUUCUGGGGUGUGGGCGUGCUGUCAGAGUCCGUCUCCAGAAAGGGACAGAUUCAGGCCGGGUUCUGGGGGAUCUGUCUCAGCGAUGGGAGCUACGCGGCGACCUCCUGCGCGGUUCCCAGCACAGCUCUGCCAGUGACGAAGCUCCACAGGAUCCGGGUCCAGCUGGACUGGGAGGAAGGGAAAGUUUCGUUUUUUGACCUCGAUGCCAACAAUCAUCUUCACACCUUCAAACACACUUUCACUGAGAAGCUGUUCGCCUACAUUUGCACCAAGAAUGCGUCUCCACUGAAGAUACUGCCUGCAGCAAGAUACCCUGAUGAACCACUUUAAGCUGCUACAAUCAGGCAGAGAACGCAGGAUGCAUGUUUUAUAAAACACAUAGGAUCAGUUUUAUUAUGUACAUUUAUUAUAUUCAACAGUAAAAGAUGCUGAAAUGCAAAUAAAUCCUUAAUAAAUACACGUUUGAAAGUCUAGAUAGAUUUUGGGAUCGUGCUUUUAGAAGGUGAAGGUAUUCUAUAUUUUCUCUGUGUGACAUUAAACACAUUUUUAACUAAAUAAAGCUAAACUUCUGUCAGCAGUCUCAUCUCUUUAUUUUUUUCUUCUCUGGUUUCAUGUUUUAUAAAUGUCAUUGUAGAGCCCAUUAGAAUGUGACUUGAUGAUAUUGCUGU